AUGUCUGCUGAAAUAUUAUCAAAAAAUGGUUUUCAUAAUACGUGUGAAUACUUUACAAAUGAAGCACAAUUACAAUCGAAUAUUGAAGUGUGUGAUAACAUUGAUUUAGAUAUAAUAUUACAAGAAUAUAUUAAUUAUUAUACGGUAAAAUUUAAGAAAACGCCACGUUUAACAAGAAAAGUGCCUGUGCCAUCACAAGAUAUUCAACCAAUUAAAAGUCAAACACGAACCCAAACACCGAGCUCAAACAUGCGACCUGUUACAAGUAAACCGAAAAAAACCGAAACAAAAACAAUUGAUAGAAUUUCACCAUUUUCAGUAACACCAUUAUUACCACCGCAAACAAAUCCUCAAGAAUCUUCACAACAAGAAACCAUCGGUGAUAAUAUUUCCGCUUUUCGACCUUUAUACGAUUUUAGUGGUUUUAAUAGUGAUUGGAAAGAAUUAGCUGACGUUAUAUCAAAAGAUAUUAUUGAUAAAGAUUUAAAUGUAAAAUGGAAUGAUAUUAAAGGUUUAGAUAAAGCAAAAAAUUUAUUAAAAGAAGCUGUUUUAUAUCCGUUAAAAUUUCCUGAUUUAUUUAAAAAAUUACCCGUACCAUGGAAAGGUAUUUUAUUGUACGGGCCUCCAGGAACGGGGAAAACUUUCCUUGCAAAAGCACUAGCAAGUCAGUGUCAAAAUAGUACGUUUUUUAAUAUGUCAGCAAGUUCGUUGAUUAGUAAGUGGCGUGGUGAAUCUGAAAAAUUGGUACGUGUGUUAUUUGAAUUGGCUAAAUAUCAAGCACCAUCUACUGUGUUUAUCGAUGAAAUUGAUGCGUUAGGUUCGAAACGUGAUGAAUGUCAACAUGAGGCAUCACGACGCUUUAAAAGUGAGUUAUUAAUCCAAAUGGAUGGAAUAAGUACGACGACCAAUCACGUUUUUUUAUUGGCUACAUCGAACUUACCAUGGGAAAUUGAUCCUGCAAUUUUACGACGAUUUGAAAAGCGUAUUUUAAUUGAUUUUCCUGAUGUGAAUGCACGCAUGGCUAUGUUUGAACAUUAUUUAAAAGAAAUGUCGACUACAGUGAAUCUAAAAAAUAGUGAUUAUGAAAGAUUUGCUAAAUCGACUUCGGGUUACACAGGCUCUGAUAUUAAAAUGAUAUGUAAAGAAGCAUCAAUUAUACCGAUUCGGCAUGAAAUAUUGAAUAACAACAAUGUUGAUAAGAUUCACGUGAAACCGUUAACCGUUAGUGAUGUCUUAAUGGCUAUUGAAUUAACAAAACCUUCCACCAAGUAUUUAGCUGAAAAAUAUUAUAAAUGGGAUAAGGAAUUUGGGUGUAAUUGA